AUGGCAACGGGUCUUGUGAGGCACAGAAUAGGGGCGGGAAAUUGCACAAGCAUGUGGAUGGACUACUGGUUACCUAAUGGCCCUAUCACAAUGCAGCUUGGUCUCUCUGAUGUGGAAAUUCUUCAACUGGACCCUAGAGUCACAGUUGAUAGUCUAAUUUCCAACAAUCAGUGGGAAGUACCAAUCUCUCUCCAACAAAUCCCUUUUUUCCAAAGCCAAGCCUUCACUUUACAGCUGCAAAAUAUCCCACCCCCUUCACAUGCUUCAGAUAAAGUAGAAUGGUUCCCUAGUUCACCCAAUGAAUACUCUCAUAGGCUCACCAUGGAGUAUUUUACUCCUCCCUCACUGAGACUUGCCACACUUGACACCAAGCCAAUGAUGAAGAAACACUACACCAAUGCAUGCUACCUUUGCCUUGCACAAGAGGAAUCACUUGACCAUAUCUUCUUCAAAUGCCAAUUUAGCUCCAGAAUCUGGGAAUUUGUUCAACAUGCAGCUGGGUUUUACAUUAAAUCUGACAGUUGGAAUGACUUGAUCACUUGGUGUGCUACAAUAUGGAUGCAGGAUCACUUCAUCACUCACAAGCUGCUAAUUUCAAGUGCAAUCUACUUCAUUUGGCAAGAAAGAAAUGCAAGAGCAUUCAGGAAUAAAUCUUCUCCACCUACUCAUGCUAUUCACCUCAUCAAAGGUUGCAUCAGAGCACGAUUUGCCUCUCUUAAGCUAAAGCACAACUCAGACAUUAGGAGGAUUACUUCUCUGGAAGGAAUGCAUCAGUUAUUCUUACAAGGUUGUUCAUAUGCUCAUGGCCGGUCAUGGUUCCUAAUGCAAUAG